UUUAUAUCAGUCGGCGUUUGAACGUGUAACGAAAAAGUUUCGAGACAUUUUUUACUCCAAGUGAAAGUCGUGAAGAACGGAAAUAAGAAAGUGAAAAGCGGUUUUAUAUAUACAUUUAUUUACAUUAAAUGCUCGUAAAAUAUUUCUAUUAAUUAAAAAUUAAAAUUUGAGAAGUAAAAUUUUUAUAAAUAUAUUUCUCAAGAACUCAAAACAUUUUGAGAGCAGCAGUAAUAAACGGCAUUUUAAUUAAUCGGAGCAUCGCCUACGUCUACUGAAGAGCUCGCCAAAACACCCACGCAAACGACGCCGCAUUUGAGACAACUUAAUUUAGAAAAAGGAAAAAAAAUAGAGCAAAAUUUGUGGAAAAUUGCGGUGAAUUUUAUGAGCCUGUUUAAUUAACACAAAGCAUAUGUGUGUUUGCAGUUCAUAUUUAAUUUUCGAGCAGCAAGUGGCGUUGCAAGCAAUUUGACUGCACCGAUAUUUUGUGGAAUUCAAAAAAAAAAAAAAUUAAAAUUAUUUGUGAGCUUUUAACAGCUGUUAACUGCUUGUGGUGAUUUUUCAAAAGCAAACCUUGUUGGAAAAAUAAAUAAACUGCAAAGUAUAUAAACAAAUAUAUAGUGGAAACAUACAAACCUAAUAAAAUCGUAAAAUAAAUAAACAAGGGUCCACUAGUAAGCCACUAAAGGUGAAAAAUGGGCUGCGCUACAACUACCGUAAAAAUAUCUUCGAUUCUCUUAAACACACUUUUGGCGCUUUUUAGCAUUGCCGCCAUUGUGCUGAUCGCCGUCAAUCCGGGUUCGGUGCCAGACGACUGGGACAUACCGGCAUACAUCAUCUUCGGCUUAGUCAUAGUGUUCGCCGUUAUAGGCUGUGUGGCAGCGCUGCGUGAGUCAAUUUGCCUCACAGUGACCUGCGCCGUUUUCUUGCUGCUGUUGGCAAUUCUGCAAAUCGCCGUUACUAUCAACAUCUUGAACGAUCGUCACACGCAGAGCGGCAUAGCUAUCGUGGAAGAUGCCUGGGAUCACGACAAAAUCGACGCUUUACAGCGAGAGUAUGAGUGCUGUGGCAAAGAUAGCUCGCAGGAUUAUAUAUUAUUGAAUCGUCAAAUACCGCUCAGCUGCUAUGAGGGUCAAAACGAUGCGGAUGCAAAUAAUAUUUACACCGAAGGUUGCAGCGCCAAGUUGCAGCGAUACUACGACAGCGAGACCACGAGCAUCGCUGUGUCGUCAUGGAUAAUUGCAGCCAUUGAGAUAAUUGGCUUUUUGCUGGCCGUAUUUUUGGUCAUCAAUUUCCGCAAUAAACAAAGACGCAUGCAGUUCUAAAGUGUGGCAGCGCUGGCUGUGGUACAGUACAAAUUUAACUUGAACGUCUCGAAUAAUGCGAUUGAUGUUGCGCAAAUAAUACUCGUAUUCUGCUUGAAGAAAUUGCCUUUCUAUUUGUGCAAUUAUUGUAAUUUAUUUGUUGUUGUGUAUUUAUUGUAUUCAAUACUCAUUGAUAUUGCUACAAAGUAAUCGAUUAUAUUAAAAAAAUAAUA